UGCCGGGGCCCUGUCAAAACUGUCCGAAUCGGGCCCCACACUUCCUAAAGCUGGCCCUGGGAGUGAGUGCCAGAAAGUCCGUGUCCUUGAGCCCCUGGACCAGUGCAUGGGGAGGGUGCUAAGCAACAGGGCCAGGGAUGGCUGCUACGUUGGGCUCUUGGCUUUGAAUCCAGCAGCAUGAGGGAGAAACGAAUGUCCUGCUUCCUUGGCUGGAAGUGCACAAGGAUCUGGAAAGAGAAGGGGGGUGUGGAGUACCUGUAGCUUUGAGGUGGGGAUGUGGCUUAGUGGCAGGGGGGCUGUGUCAGCGGGAGCGGGAGUGUUGUAUCAGAAUGUGGCAAUGCAGCUGUAGCACGAAGCAGGGGAGCGCACAGAGGAAGGUUGGGCUGGAAGAAUCUGCAACUGCCCUAUGCCCAAGAGGGUCUCCCUGCCCCGAUGGAAGCAUGGUCAGGAAGAACUGCUUGUUGCCAUCCUGUGACGCUUGCCGUGUGUCCCAGCAUUGACACACAUUGUGCCCUGGCUGAAAGGAUAGGGGCAGGUGCCUUCUGAUGGUUCCGAGUGGAGGCCUUGGGUUGUAGCUGGUGCCCACCUGUCCCCCCCUUCUCCCUUCCUUUCCCACCUCAUCUCCAAGUCCCCCCCCCCACACACACAUGUUCCGUAUCUGGACUCACUAAUGACAGCCUGGAUCAUCCUCCCCAUUAGCCUGUCCACCUUCUCCAUCACCGGGAUAUGGAUCGUGUACGCCAUGGCAGUGAUGAACCACCACGUGUGCCCCGUCGAGAACUGGUCCUACAACGAGUCAUGCUCUUCCAGCCCUGCCAAGCAUGGCUACCCCAAAAGCUGCUGCACCUUGGAAGAUGUGCCUCUGAUCAGUAAGUGUGGCACGUAUCCCCCUGAGAGCUGCCUCUUCAGCCUUAUUGGGAACAUCGGGGCUUUCAUGGUGGUGCUGAUCUGCUUCCUGCGCUACGGGCAGCUGAUUGAGCAGAGCCACCGCUCCUGGGUCAACACGACGGCGCUUGUCGCAGGCUGCACCAACGCCGCCGGCCUCGUCGUGGUUGGCAACUUCCAGGUGGACAACGCCAAGUCCCUGCACUACAUCGGAGCGGGCAUCGCCUUCCCGGCCGGGCUGCUCUUCGUCUGCCUCCAGUGCAUCCUCACCUACCACACUGCCGUCAGCGCCCUGGACGGCUGGAUGGCACAUCUCCGCGUCUCGCUCACCGGCGUGGCCUUAAUCGCCCUCGUCCUCAGCGGUGUCUUCUUCAUCCAUGAGAGCCACCUGCUGCAGCACCUGGCGGCCAUCUGUGAGUGGGUCUUCGUCAUCGACAUGCUGGUCUUCUACGGCACCUUCGCCUACGACUUUGGGGCUGUCUCCACCGACACUCUGGUGACAGCGCUGCAGCGGGCCAGCAGCCGGGGCUGCAAGUCGCCCGGUGGCAGCAGCACCUCCACCCACCUCAACUGCACCCCUGAGAGCAUCGCCAUGAUCUGAGCAGGGGCUCCCCUCCCCCCCCCUUUGAUUUUGUACCAAAAAACAUUUUUUAAAGAAAACACAGUAUUGGGGCUGCCCCCCACAGCAGGGCUGAGCCCAGCAGCCCUCCCUGCUGG